AAACAAAGAAAAACGACGAUUGCUCCUAGUCGCACACCAAAAGCCAGAAAGAAGCCCAUCAGUCUGUCAAGCAAAGAUGACAAGCAAGAGAGUGCGACAUCAGAUGGCACUAGAUCAGCAUCGGACGAUUGGCCUCACUUAAAGUUAACCUGGUUGCACAAAGACAAACUGAAAGAUGCGCAAGGUAGACCUGUGAAUCAUCCUGACUAUGAUCCGAAAACACUGUAUGUUCCAUCCGAAUUUAAGAAUUCUUUAACACCCGCUGUCAGACAAUGGUGGGAGGUUAAAUCCAAUUUGUUUGAUUGUGUCCUCUUUUUCAAACUGGGGAAAUUUUAUGAGCUCUAUCACAUGGAUGCCAUUGUUGGAAUGACGGAAUUGAAUCUCACACCGAUGAGGGGUGAGCAAGCUCAUGUAGGUUUUCCUGAGAGUGCUUAUGGUCGAUACGCAGCCACUUUGGUCGAAAAAGGCUAUAAAGUUGCAAGAAUAGAGCAAACCGAAACUCCUGACACCAUGAAUGAGAGAUUGAAAACAAUGAUCAAACCAACCAAGUUUGACAAAGUUGUCAAGAGAGAAAUUUGCCAAAUAACAACUCCUGGGACUCGAAUUUUCAGUGUUCUGGACGGGGAAUGCAAAGAAGCCGGUAACCGCUAUUUGUUGGCCAUCGUCGAAAAAGAAGAAGAUCGUCAUAAUUUUGUGUAUGGAGUUUGCUUUGUUGAUACUUCAAUCGGUACCUUCCACAUUGGUCAAUUUCCAGAUGAUCGUCAUUGUUCUCGAUUGAGGACUUUGAUUGCACAUCAUCCUCCUACCCAAAUCUUAUAUGAAAAGAAUUGCAUCUCUCCCAAACUUCAGGAGCUCUUCAGGACUGGAGUUGCAACAGCCUUGAAAGAAGGUCUCCAUCCUGAGUCGCAGUUCUGGAGCCCAUCUAAAACUUUGAUCACCCUUAGUGAAUCAGACUAUUUUUCUGCCUCGGACUUCCCUGUAGAGUUGAAAAACUUUAUCCGCGCUACUGGGGAUUCUUUUCCUUUAACUGCAGAAAGCCAUUGUGAAUUCGGUAUUCAAGCAUUGGGUGCUAUCAUAUUUUAUUUGAAACGGUGUCAAAUAGAUCACCAGCUCCUGUCAAUGGCACACUUCUCAGUUUACAAUGUGAAAGAUGGUUUCCGAGAUACUACUUCAAAGGAACUCCAAACUGUUGAUAUAGCUAAUAGAAAUAUGGUUUUAGAUGCAAUCACCCUCAAGAAUCUCAGUAUUGUUGAAGAUGAGUACGGGGGCAUUCAAGGAACUUUGCUUCAAAAACUCGAUAAUUGCUCUACUGCUUUUGGAAAAAGGUUGCUCUAUCAGUGGAUAUGCAGUCCGCUAACGAACAUAAAGAGCAUUGAAGCUCGACAGGCUGCCAUCAAAGCUCUCCUUGAAGAACCUCAAAUUAUUGGUGAUGUUCGUAGUGCCAUAAGUGGACUUCCCGAUCUUGAACGAUCUUUUGCCAAGAUUUACUCUCAGAGCAGCCAUGGAUUGAAAGCAGAACACCCUGAUGCUAGAGCCAUUCUUUUUGAUGAGCAUGUUUACUCCAAAAGAAAAAUCUGUGAAUUUGUUGCUACCAUCAAUGGAUUUGACAAAAUUCAACAGAUGAUGACAACAUUGCAAAGUUGUGGUGUUGGAGAUUCAGCGGAGCUGUUAGCAAAUUGCUGCUAUCAUCCUCAUUCAGAAUUAAGUGGAAAAUUUCCUGACCUGUCAGAGCAUAUUAGUUUCUUUAAAAAAGCAUUCAAUCAUGCAGAGGCACAGAGAGUGGGUCGCAUUAUUCCUAUUGCAGGUGUUGAUAACGAUUACGAUCAAGUGUGUGCUGAACUAAAAGAUCUUGAAAGAGAGACCGAAGAUUAUUUACGGUUACAGCGUCGCCAUUUUGGCUGCAAUGUAAUUUUUGUUGGCACGGACAAAAAGAGGUUCCAGUUAGAAGUUCCAGAAACUGCUGCCAGUAAAGCCGGAGAUAAUUAUGAUUUACAAUCACAAAAGAAAGGAUUCAAGAGGUAUUACACCCGUGAAGGCAGAGAGUUUGUCGAGAGAAUGAUGGCUGCCGAAGAAAAGAAAAGAAAAGUCCUAAUGUAUCUUCGUCAAAGGUUAUUCUCGAAGUUCUGUGAGAGGUCGGAAGCAUGGAAUAUUGCAGUGGAGUGCACAGCUGUUCUCGACGUUUUAGUCUCCUUAGCCGAGUAUUGUCGAACAGAGGAAACCAUAUGCAUUCCCAAGUUUGAGCCAGCUCAAAGAAAUAAGCAGACUUAUGUCAAGUUGAUUGAAGGUAAAUAUCCUUGCAACACAGUAGAUGAAACCUUUAUUCCAAACAGCACGAUCAUCGGAGUAGAUCCUCAUGUCAUAUUAGUCACUGGACCCAAUAUGGGCGGUAAAUCAACUCUCAUGCGACAGCUAGGCUUAAUCGUAAUCAUGGCACAUAUGGGUUGCCAUGUUCCAGCAGAAAGUUUGGAGCUCAACCCUGUUGACCGAAUAUUCACCCGGAUCGGUGCAAAUGAUGAUAUAAUGGCAGGAGGCAGCACAUUCUAUGUCGAGCUCUGCGAAACUGCUUCAAUUCUGCAUCAUGCAACAACACACUCGUUAGCUUUAAUUGAUGAACUCGGUCGAGGUACAUCCACCUAUGACGGCACAGCCAUUGCAUCUGCUGUUCUCAAAGAACUCUGCCGAAUGAAAUGUAGGACUCUGUUUUCAACUCACUAUCAUUCGCUUGUCGAAGAUUUCCGAAAGAACCCUGACGUAAUGCUUGGCCACAUGACAUGCAUGGUUGAGAAUGAUGAUGAUAAUGAUGAUGAGGCUACUGAAGAGAAAGUCAUAUUUUUGUAUAAAUUUGGAGAAGGCGCUUGUCCAAAAUCGUAUGGUUUUAAUGCUGCCAGGUUAGGUGGUAUUCCGACUCAUAUCACAAAACGAGCACAGCAGUGUGCUAAACAAUUAGAAUCAGAAAUUAGUCGCAAGAGAUCUGUCAAAAAAUUACUACGCGGCUCCUUGAAGGUAAAUGCUCUCCUUAGUGUGGCCACUUGGUCUCUUGAAUUACCAUGAAGUAUUAUUGUCCUUCUUUUUCUAAUAAACUCAAAUUUAAAGCUCAUAUUCCUUUUGCUCUAUCCCUUUUCUAACUAAGACUAGGAACUGAUAUAAUACUCAUGGUCAGUUAGAGAUUAAUUGUUAAACAUUCUGGUUUCAAUAUGAUGAUCUAAGACAAUUGUACAUCGUGACUCAUGAAAUUUUGUUUUACUAGUUCCUUUUUUCUCUUACAAACGACUACCUCUUUCCUGUAAAUUUCUCUGCAAAGCUCUUGUCAAUUAUGAUCUUUUAUUAUAAGUAUGUAUUAUAAAAAACUCGGUCACAACUUUAAAUUGGACUCAUAGUUGGAUGGAAUUAUGGUGAUUUGAUACCUGCCAUAUUUUGUGUCAGAACAACUAGUGAUUUAUUGCGUCAAUUAGUUCCAUGUUUUCUGCUACCUGUCAUUUUUAUUGAAUUUUGAGAUUGCUUCCCUGCUGUCACGAGACUGUCUUCAGUAUAUUCAGAUUCAUUUUCCUUUACAAUCCAAUUCAACACAAAGGAGGCAUGGUUUUUUUAGAGAAAAAAUAUCGCAUUGGAGUGCAGUUUCAAUAUCAGUAUUUAAUGCGAAUAUCUCUCCUCAAAAAAAACCCUCGUUCAUAUCACAUUGAAUUUGUUCGUCAAAUUUGGUGAGUGCAUUCUCCAGUCUCAAGACAACAGAAAUGCGAUCUCAAAAUUUGAUAAAAAUGGCAAGUAGCUGAAAACAUGGAACUGAUCGAUGCAAUGUUGUUCUGAUUCAAAAUAUGGCGGCCAUCGAGUCUUGUUUACCAGAACUAGCUCAACUACAUCAUACGUUGCUUAAAUCCAUGUUUUACUUAUGUUCUAAAAAACUAAUCAAUUUUCAAAACAACAGAACCAUUGAAUUUUUCUACAGAAAUAUUAUGAUUAUAUUUUCUGUACUCAAGGGAGGGUAAAGCAGGAAGUUUCAAGGCCUCAUGUCAUUUAUUUUCCUGUAGAACAUUAGAAGAGAUUAGACAUUGUAAAUGCAGUCUGGCGGAUUCUGGCUAAAGCCGUCGAAUGAUGGAGGGUGUAGGUGGAAAAACAGCAUGAGUGGCAAACUAGCAUUGUGAUAGAAAAGGGUUUUAAGUUAUUAGAUGCACACUACCAAUUUAAAAUGUCAAAUAAUGCAUACCUGUAACGUUACAGGAAGGCAGCAACCUAAUGACUAAGUUGGUGAUAUGCAUUAAUCACCAACCAUCGCAUAACUAUUAGUAAAGCAAUAUUUUAUUCACUUACUAAAUUCUCACUUUGCAUUAUGUUAUCAGUUUAUGUCAUCCAUUAAUUUUUUACCUCGUUUAUUUAAUAGCCCCAAGUCUUCAUAAAUUAAUUUAUUCAGAAUAUGGUUUAAUCUUCUUUUUAUCAGUUUAAGAGUCAGAAGACAAAUAUAGUAAGUAAGGAAUUAUUUAAAGUCUCAAGGACGCUUGAAAACAAGUUGGUUCGAGUAACCCUUCUUAUUUUCCCAGCAAUUUAGAAACAGUUAAAAGAAGAGUCUUGAUCACAGUUAAAGCAGGACGCAAAAAUGUCUUAAUGUGAAGGCUUUCUUUCCUCGGCAAACUUCCUGGCAUUCUAAUGUUCAUUAAGUGACUCAAUUGCGUUUAUAUUAGGUAUAACACUGCUUAGGUAUUGUCUAAUUGCAGACAUAACCAAAACAUUGAGAUUUGAGUCUAGAAAAAUAAGAAAGCUGAGAGCACAGGUCUUGACAUAUCGCGAGACGACUCAAAUCUCAAUGUUUUGAUUAUGUCUGCAAUCAGACAGCACCAGAGCAGUGUUUUUAAGUCAUCAGUAGGGUAAAAAGAUGUUUUUUUUUUUUUUUCAAACCUUCAUAACUAUGCGCAUUUUUAAGCCUUGGUAUCAUUCAAUAGAAAUUGAGUUGUCCUUUUUAAAGCAACCAAAAUCACCUAUUUAGCUGCCUUAGUUCAAAAGUUACAGCACCAGUAUUAGCUCUUUUGGGACAGCCUUUGUACUUUCAAAUCCAUGCAAGAUCAAAUUCUAUCUUCACUUGUUAUAAAGUUACAGUAUAAAAUCAUUCGUCUAUAAUAUCAUUCUUCCAUGUUAAAUUUUAUUGCUGUAUUGGAAAAGAAAAGAAAUGUAUUAUUUUUGGUUCAUGUAAAAAAAGGCUUCUUGCUGUAAUGAACAUUUGAAUCCUACAAUUGAGUCGAAAAUUGAUUGCCAAUGAAGGUUUUUUUUUGUUUUUCUCGUUUUGAUAAGUGUUUCGAAAUCUAGCUCUUCUCGAAUUUUUCAAUAUCAGAUGUUUUCUACGAUAUUUUUAAAUGCUUUGAUCUAUGAUGUGUUUUCUGAAUGAGGAGCUUACUCGCCAUAAUUUAAUCUGAAUUUCCCGUUUGUGUAUUUAUUCUCUUACUUAAACUUGUUCUACUUAAGCAUUACCGUUAAUACUUGUAAAGACAUUGUGGUUCUAUGUCUAAAAUCGAAAAGAAAGAAAGAAAAAAAAACUUGUUCUUGAAUUAAAGUUUUAAUUUUCGAA